GCAGCCGACGUAAAAUAUUAACCAGGAUUUGACAUAAGUAUCGUAGCCUGUUAUAAUAGUGAUCAGGACAGAAUUUGUUACAGGAAAAUAACUAGAGGAAAAUCUGGUUCUACUUCCUGGAAUCACUCCCAUUUCCUGCAAGCUUUACUUUCUCUGACUGAAAACGCCAACCAGCGCUGAAGACGUUAACGUAGCGCCCUUCAGGACGGACUCUCUGGUUUUCGACCUUUCGCAGCGGGACAGCGGAUCAACCCUCGUAACAUGAGCUCGGUGGCUGUGUUGACUCAGGAGAGUUUUGCUGAGCACCGAAGUGGGCUGAAGGACACGCAGAUCUCAGGUGGCAUUUCUGAGGAUGAAGCGUACAUUCCCACCUACCUGGAAGCCUUCCCUCCGUUGCCAGAGAAAGGCACCCCGGGGGAGAGAUCAGGAGAUCCUGUGGGCGCUUGGAGCAAAAUACGACCCAUCAAAGCUUCGGUUAUUACACAGGUGUUCCACGUGCCCCUGGAGGAGCGUCGAUACAAGGACAACAGCCAGUUUGGGGAAGGAGAAGAAGCCAAAGUGUGCUUAGACAUCAUGCAGAAGACCGACGCUCACAUUGAACUCUCUCUGGCCAAAGACCAAGGCCUUUCCAUCAUGGUGACGGGGAAGCUCGAGUCGGUCAUGAAGGCUCGCAAAGAUAUUGUGGCUCGACUUCAGACUCAGGCUUCAGCCACGGUCAUCAUUCCGAAGGAACACCAUCGCUUCGUGAUUGGGAAAAAUGGAGAGAAACUACAAGAGCUGGAACUGAAAACAGCCACUAAGAUCACUGUUCCACGUCCCGACGACCCGAGCGCUAACAUACGUAUCACCGGCACCAAAGAGGGCAUCGAGAAAUCCCGGCAUGAGAUCCUGCUCAUCUCUGCAGAACAGGACAAGCGCGCUGUAGAGCGUCUGUCUCUAGAGAAAGUCUUUCAUCCUUUCAUCGCCGGCGCGUACAACCGACUGGUCCAGGAGCUGAGCCAAGAGACGGGCGCUCGCAUCAGCAUCCCACCACCUAGCCUGCUCAAGGACGAGAUUGUCAUCACUGGGGAAAAGGAGGCGGUUGCCUUGGCGAUCACACGCAUCCGUGCCAUUUACGAGGAGAAGAAGCGUAAAACGACAACCAUCUCAGUGGAAGUGAAGAAGUCUCAGCAUAAAUACAUCAUUGGUCCAAAGGGAAACAGUCUGCAAGAGAUCAUGGAGAGCACCGGGGUGUCUGUGGAGAUGCCUCCGCUAGACUCCAGCUCUGAGACCAUCAUCCUCAGAGGAGAACCGGACAAACUGGGACCUGCCCUGACCCACGUGUACGCCAAGGCUAAGAGUGUAGUGGCAGUGGAAGUGAUCGCACCUGCUUGGCUCCAUCGAUUCAUCAUAGGAAAGAAAGGACAAAACAUUGGCCGCAUCACACAGCAGCUCCCCAGGGUGCACAUCGAGUUCACGGACGGGGACGAGCGGAUCAUUCUGGAAGGCCCGACAGAGGAAGUGGAACAGGCUCGGUCUCAGAUACAGGAGAUUAUUAAUGAUCUGAUGUCAAGGAUGGACUACACAGAAAUUAACAUUGACCAGCGUUUUCAUAGACACCUCAUCGGCAAGAACGGCGCAAACAUAAACCGGAUCAAGGAGCUGUACAAAGUGUCGGUGAGGAUUCCUCAGGACUCGGACCGCUGCGGGCUGGUCCGCAUUGAGGGAGACCCUCAGGGAGUGCAGCAGGCUCGCAGGGAACUGGUGGACAUGGCCCAACGCAUGGAAAACGAGCGCACCAAAGACCUGAUCAUAGAGCAGAAGUUUCACCGCACCAUCAUCGGCCAAAAGGGAGAGAAGAUCAAAGAAGUGCGAGACAAGUUUCCUGAGGUCAUCAUCACGUUUCCGGACCAGUCUCAGAAAAGUGACAUUGUGCAGCUCCGUGGGCCAAAGAAUGAGGUGGAGAAAUGUGGCAAGUUUCUCCAGAAACUCCUGCUGGAGCUGGUUGAAAGCAGCUACUCCAUAUCCGUUCCCAUAUUUAAGCAGUUUCAUAAAAAUAUCAUCGGCAAAGGAGGUGCCAACAUAAAAAAGAUCCGUGAAGAGACCAACACAAAGAUCGAUCUCCCCACAGAGAACAGCGACUCUGAGACCAUUGUGAUCACCGGUAAGAAAAGUAACUGUGAGGCAGCGCGGGACCGCAUCCUGUCCAUCCAGAGAGACCUGGCGAAUCUGAAGGAAACAGAGGUCACCAUUCCAGCCAAGCUGCACAACUGCCUGAUCGGGUCAAAGGGGUAUCUGGUGCGCUCUGUGAUGGAGGAGUGUGGAGGUGUUCAUAUUCACUUCCCCGCUGAGGGCUCAGGGGUGGACAGGGUGACCAUCCGUGGGCCUGCAGAAGAGGUGGAGAGAGCCAAGAAACAGUUACUGCAGCUAGCUGAAGAGAAGCAAGUCAACAAUUUCUCAGUAGAGCUGCAGGCCAAGCCCGAGUACCACAAGUUCCUUAUUGGCCGAGGAGGGGCGAACAUUCGGCGUGUGCGCGACCGGACAGGAGCUCGUAUCAUCUUCCCUUCACCCGAAGAACCAGAGCAUGAGCGCAUCACCAUCGUGGGCCGAGAGGAAGCCGUGCUGCUCGCUCAGAAAGAGCUGGAGAACCUCAUAAAAAACCUGGAGGAUGUGAUCGAGGACUCUAUGGUCGUGGACCCACGGCAUCACCGUCACUUUGUUUGUCGGCGAGGGCAGGUGCUGAGGGAGUUAUCAGAGGAGUACGGCGGCGUCGCCGUUAGUUUCCCUCGUACAGGAACCCACAGCGACUGCAUCAGUCUGAAAGGAGCGCGAGAGUGUGUGAAUGCUGCAAAGAAGCGCAUCCAGGAGAUCAUUCAGGAUCUGGAGUCUCAGGUGAGCGUGGAGGUGGUGAUUCCUCAGCGCUACCAUAGAGCCAUGAUGGGACCCAAAGGCUGCAGGAUCCAGCAGAUCACCCGAGAGCACGAGGUCCAGAUCAGAUUCCCAGAGAGGGAGGAAACCUCAGCUCAGGAAACGUCUCCGGUGGAGAACAGCAGCACCAGCCAAGAGACGGACUCUGUGCCUAGGAAAUGUGACAUCAUCACCGUGACGGGUCGUGCAGAGAAGUGCGAGCUUGCUCGAUCGGCCCUGCUAGCACUGGUUCCCGUGACGGUUGACUUGGAGGUGCCCAAUGACCUGCACCGCUACAUCAUUGGCCAGAAAGGAGCCGGAAUCAGGAAGAUGAUGGAGGACUACGAGGUGAACAUCUGGGUUCCUCAGGCUGAGCAGCAGUCUGACGUGAUAAAGGUCAUGGGGCAGGAGGUCAGUGUCGAGAGAGCCAAGCAGGCGCUGAUGUGCAGAGUCAAAGAGCUCCAGGCAGAGCAGGAGGAGCGGGCCUUACGCAGCUACAAGGUGACCCUCUCGGUCGACCCUAAAUACCACCCCAAAAUCAUCGGCCGUAAAGGAGCCGUGAUCUCGCAGAUCCGCAAAGACCACGACGUCAACGUGCAGUUCCCUGACAAGAACGACGAGCAGCAGGAUGCGAUCAUGAUCUGGGGUUACGAACGCAACGUGGAGGAGGCCAAGGCAGCUAUAGAGCAGAUGGUCGCAGAGCUGCAGGAGAUGGUGAGCGAGGACAUCCAGCUGGAUCGCCGAGUCCACGCACGCAUCAUCGGAGCUCGUGGGAAAGCCGUCCGCAAACUCAUGGAGGAGUUUAAAGUAGACAUCAGGUUUCCUCAGCAAGGCUCAGACGACCCUGACAAAGUGACGGUCACAGGCCUGCCAGAGAACGCCGAUAAAGCCAUCGACCAUCUGCUCAACCUGGAGGAGGAAUAUAUGUUGAGCGUGACCGAGACGGAAACGUUGGCUGCCUACAUGAAACCUCCGUCUAAGUUUACGGGAGGAGGAGGAGACGAGGAGGGCCGAGGCCCGGUCAAAGGCUUCGUCGUCAGAGAUGCUCCUUGGAACGUCCCAGGAAGCAAGGAUACCAAACAGCCUCGUUCGGAUGGAAAAAUCUUGGUUGCUAUGGCCCCUGACAUGAGCAGCGCUGAGGACUUCCCCACAUUCGGCUCUGGUGUGGCACCGAAACACAUGUCUGCCUGGGGGCCCAAAAAGUUCUGAGAGAGAGACAUGGUUUAUUUCCUACCCCUCUCUCUCUCUCUCUCUCCCUCCCUCCUUCUCCAUCAUGUUUGUUCUUAUAUAUGUCAAGGAGAAAUCACAGAACAUGUACAUGUGGCUUGGUCCCAGAGCCGAACCCGUGCUCUUUUUAUCCAUCUCUUUGCACCAGCGGCGGUUCAGCCUCAUGAACUCACAUCUCAUGUCAGGUCUCUCAUGUAAAUGAAAUUUCUCACGUUUUCUUAAACGUGAGACGUCUCGUGUCUCCUGUUCUCCUGUCGUUCUGCACUCUCUCUGAAACAGCUACGAGUUCUCCUGGCACUGAUCUUUAUCGUUUCGAGAACCUGUAGUUCACUGUGUGGUCGUUUCACAGCUUUUUGUGCGAAUCGGGGCUUCGUUGAUAAAAACUGCGUGCGCACAAAACUGAUCCGUUUCAACCAGCACAAGAUCUUAGUGUCACGUUCAUGAAGAGACCGUAAUGAAGGAACGUAAUGAAACCCGGAGUGGUGUGACGAGUCAGAUGGAGUUACCUGACUGCUCUGCUCAAGCUGAAAUCAAAUCACAAACCAUACAAGGAGGUGAAACCUCAGGAAUUCUGCCAGUAACAGGAAGCCGGAGUGGAGACGCUCGCUGUCCUCUAUUUUGCCACAUGGUGGCGCCAGUUUACAUGAACUGAUCUUCACUCCUAGAUCUUUUAAUCCUGACUGAUGGACUUGAACUUCCUUUUCAUUUAUUUAUUUAUCCACACACUUCCUGACACUUUUUGAGGACGGUUUUGUCCGAACGCAGCGUUUAUAAACGAGGCCGCAGAAGCGCUCGGUGCUUUUAGCUGUUCCUUUGUACUGUUAAAAAAAAAAGAAAAAAGAUCAUUAAUAUUAUUAUUAUUAUUAUUAUUCUACUGAGAUUAAUCUUUUAAGUCUUUUAUUGUGUUUUUAUUUAUUUAUUUAAUUAAUUUAAAAGUCCAGAAUUUCAAAAAGUGUGUGUGUGUAUUUGUUUUCGUCUCUAACAAUGUGCUUUCAUCACUACAGAUUUAACGAUACUCAAGAUGCUCGGAGGCAAUUUGUUUUUUUUACGGCAGUGUAAAAAGAGAAGGAUCGCGUGUAAAUCUUUUUAAAGAUGCAGUUUGUAAUGUUGAAGGAUGAAAUGUGAAUUGUAGUCAGAAUAAAACACCGUGACGUGACGAGACCAUCAGCACAACCUGCUCCAAAGUGCUUACUGAACAAGAAAAAGGUCAUGGGAUUCAUUUCAGGGCCAUAAAAAAAUAAAUAAAAGUUUAAAAUAAAAAAGGGGGGCACGGUGGCUUAGUGGUUAGCACGUUCGCCUCACACCGCCAGGGUUGGGGGUUCGAUUCCCGCCUCCGCCUUGUGUGUGUGGAGUUUGCAUGUUCUCCCCGUGCCUCAGGGGUUUCCUCCGGGUACUCCGGUUUCCUCCCCCGGUCCAAAGACAUGCAUGGUAGGUUGAUUGGCAUCUCUGGAAAAUUGUCCGUAGUGUGUGAUUGUGUGAGUGAAUGAGUGUGUGUGUGUGCCCUGCGAUGGGUUGGCACUCCGUCCAGGGUGUAUCCUGCCUUGAUGCCCGAUGACGCCUGAGAUAGGCACAGAUCCGGAGCGAUGAUGUGGUCAUAUUACAGAUUACAGUUGUUUUUGUUUUUUUAUUGUUGUUGUUGUGAGAUGAUGAUCACAUUACAAACUGCACCUUGAAGCGUUUUCAGCUAUUAGGACAUUUUGUGUACAGAUUUAUGAAACCUUUGCAAGAAAAAACAAAAAACUCCGCUGCUGACGAUGACGAGAGCUGCUGAUAAGCUUUUUACUGAUUAUACAACAAAUUCCUAACGUUUUAUUUAGCAGUUAAAUUCUCGGUGCCUCUAGAGUUUAUAGAUUAAGUGUCGGGGCUCUGAUUUUCACACGAAUCCACAGAAUAAAAAAUGUUUCCGAUCGCAAAAAUAUUUGAAAAAUAAUCAGCAGGGAGACGACGAGCCUGUAAUCAUGGUGGAAUCCGUGAGUUUUUGUUUGCGUUUAUUCUCACGAAAGGACAGACAGAAACGGUAACGCUCUCGAACGUCAACCGUAAUUAUGGGAUGUUUUAUUUUAAUUAAUAUGCAACGAUGCAAUAAACUUGUCAGUAGCGGCAGAUUGUUUUUCCUACUCGAAAAUAAAAACGAUACAAAAUCAAA